UUUUGGCUGGGGUGAAAGAGAAGGUAAGAUCUAGAAAGCACCGAGGCAAAGGACGUGUUUGGACAAUCACUUUCCUCUGGCUUAAUUCUUUCUGGAGCAGUGUACUCUAGUCCAGACAUGAGUGGCUUCAGACUCAUCAUGAUACUGCUUGAGCUGCUUCUUUGCUACCUUCUGCUGCACCCUGUGGAUGCCAUUUCAAAUGGAAACCAAACAAAUGUCUUGAUGCAUCUUCCCUCAUCCUUGGAAUCCUGGCCACUGUCCUCAAGCCCCUUGCUCUGCCAGGCCUUGCACCCAAAGUCCCUGUCUGGCUUUACCCACAUGGACCCUCUACCCAAGUUCCUGAUAGGUCUGUCACUGAUGAUUGCCCUGAAGGAAGCUGGCUGCCAUGCUGAUGUAAGGGCCCUGCAGCUUCGCGUCUACCGCCAGGGAGGUAUAAAUGCUACACAGAUCCUAACCCAACGUCUUCAAGGGCUGGAGAAAGGCAGGAGCACAGAGAGGGGAGUGUCAGUGGAUACCCUGGCUUCUGCUCUGCAGCUGCUGGCCAGGGAGCAGCUAGGCCCUGGGAGGGUCCGACGCUCCUUCGCCGUUAACAACUGUGAUAAUGAACAGGAGCAGGAUGUGCAUGAUACAAUCCAGUUGUUGCCAAAUGUGGGAACCUUCUACAAUCUGGGCACAGCUUUGUAUUAUGCUACACAGAACUGCUUGGACAAGGCCAAGGAAAGAGGCCAAGAUGGGGUCAUAGAUCUGGGUUAUGACCUUCUAGUGUUCAUGACCGGUCUGUCAGGGGGGCCCAUGGGACUAGCCGUCAGCACUAUGCUUAAACCUGCAGUGAAGGCUGGGGCUGAACGGUUGAUCCAGUAUUACUAUGAGCAAGAGGCAAACACCCCUCUUCCAGAGACCAGCAAAGAGGACUUGAGCAGUCCCUCCUAUGUGAGUGACAUGGCAGAAAUAACUACCAUGGCCCCUUUGGAGUCAGAAGUAGUAAAUUCAGUUCCUUACUGGAGGUGGCCCUUUUUCAACAACUAUUAGAUCCUGGGAAUGAAAGUUCUGAAAUGUAAAAAAUGGUAAACACAAUAAAUAAAUUUAAUAUUCUGAC